CCGCUGUCCAAUCACCACUCUGAAGCCGAUAUCUAAUUGGUGCACCGCAUAAUGCGAGCAAAGCGAUGUGCAGCAUGGAGGCUGAGCUACUUUGGCGCCUGACCUCGUAGAGCUAACUCAUCUUAAGAACACCGCAAAAAACGCACGACCCUUCCUGAACAGAACAUAUUCCAUGAGAUAGCUAUGGCAUGUUCGCCAGUAUGGGAACUGCCACCGAACCCGAGACCACAGCUGGAAAGCUGGCUGAAAAGACAUCUCCCACCCAAUCAGAUCCCAUCAUCAAAGUCGACAUAACACGCAUGCCAACUGAAGAUACUGAGAAGAGUACGGCAAACGAAAGCAGAACGGUGCUGCACAUCUACUUUGAGCGCGACUGUGGUCACAUAUCGAUUACACCCACGCUCUCGCUUUCUCAAGAGCGACGCUGGGGUCCUAAGCCGAAAGAACAAAAGACGCGUCGUGUCGCUAAGAAGGCUGCAAAGAAGCUGCGUGAAGCCAGUCGAAUCCCUUUGUUGCCCAUCGGGGUCAAUGAAACUUGCGUGCUUCCCACAUUACCACUCUCAGGCCCAGCAGACAAGGAUUCGUAUUUCAUGCACACGUCUUAUCUCUCCUUCCACCUUCCCCCUUCAGUACUUUAUGUUGGCAGUGAUAGGUAUGCACCGAGCAAGCCUGUGGCGCUGGUGCAUGCAGGUUGUUUCUGGCGCUCAUACAGGAUCCAACUGGGUCCCUCUCUCGCAUUCCCCGGCGUCAUCGAUCCGCGUGGCGUCGUGAGCUGGCGCCACAACGGUGGCUCGAAGCGCGCUCUCCAAGACGAUGAGCGCAACGGUGAUGGUACAUUGCUGAGAGGCUACAAAGUCCGCGGUUGGCGACUCUGGGGCGAGACGGGCAAGUCCUAUGUUCACACUCUCCGCGACAAACGCACAGCUGGAGAUAUUUUCGAUGAUCCAGAUGUUGAUGACAAGUCUGGUGGCAAAGUCGAGAUAUUACGUGCCGAUGAAGCUGUGAAGCUCAGCUGGACCCGACCUCUCUCGCGCUCUACCCGAGUGUACACAUUUCAUUUUCGCAGCAUUGAGUUUCAAUGGAGAGGUACAAGUACGGUGAGCGAGGGGCGCAGAUGCGGAUGGAUGCUCAGAUUCUGCCAUCUCAAACUCAUUGCGAAAGGCAGGAAUGACAGAGGCACAAAAGAAGUCUGUCUGGCGAGAUACACGUCCUCGAUCGCAGCCGAGAAGAGUGGAACGCUUGAGGUUUUUGAUUGUGUGGUGUUGAGAUUCGUGGAGGAGCACAUGCCGAGUCUGCUCGGGAGUAACCUGACGGGUGCGGGGAACAAUGAUGAGCAUGAAGAAGACAAAAUUGCAGAUUUGAAGAAGGGUAUUAUGUACCAGCUUAUCGUUGCGACGGUUCUAUGCAUGGCGAGAGCGGAGAAGGAGAAAAGGCAUACCCUGAUUGAUCUCGUCAUUGGUAUUCUGGAGAGUGGUGGUAACGGCGGAGGGUGAAUUGUCUGCUUACGAGCGUGGUCAGGUUACAUGGCGAAGGAUUAUGAGACAACUAUAGGCAACUGUUUUUGGUCAAUGAGAGA